UAAAGCUCAGGUGUCCCGGUUUGAAAUCGCGGACUCUUGCGUCUCUGGUGUAAACGCUGCUCUAAACUUUGCUCUGAGCGUGUUUUUAUUUGUGUUUUUCCCCCGCCGGUGACGUCAUCAUUAGAGCUCGCUCUGCGGCUUCAGGAAGUCCAUCAGUGAUCGAUGACCCGGCGUCUCUGGGACAUGACGUCAUCCUCUAUUCUGCAGGAUGGACACUGAGCUGCUGCUAGACCGGCGCGACGAGCAGGCGGGGCUUAAGCGGGAGGUGUGUCGUCUGCAGGAGGAGCUGGCGGAGAGUCGAGCGGAGAGGGAGGAGCUCGAUUCCAGGAACAGAGCUCUGAAUGACAGGCUGUGUCAGUCGGUGUGUCCCUCGGUCGGCCUCUCUCUGCAUGUGGAGGCUGAGCAGAGGGAGUGGAGGAGGCGGGUGAGAGAGGGGAGAGAGAGGGAGGCCAGACAGUCUCUGCUCAUCCACCGACUGCAGAACAAGGUGGUGGAGUACAGAGAACGAUGUCAGCGCUUGGAGCUUCAGCUUCAGGAUGAAAACACACAACUGAUCAUUACUGAGCAGAGGAUCAGAGGUGAAUGCAGUGACUCCCUGGAGAGCGCCCUCAUCAGGCUGGAGGAGGAACAGCAGAGGUCUGUUGGUUUAGUUGAGACAAACACGUUCUUGCGGGAGCAGCUCAUCCAAUCAGAUCAGAGCAACCAGGUCCUGGGGGAGGAGCUCCAGAAGUUGAAAUCUGAUUGGUUGAAAUGUGUAGAGGAGGUGAAGCACAGAGAGUCUGAUUGGCUGAGAGAGAAGGAGUCGGGCUCAGAUGUUGUGGGUCAACAUCAGACUCAGUUGUGGUCUCUGUGGAGAUCUGUAGUGUCUCUACAGACACACUGUCACUCUGUGAAGACUGCAGCUGACAGGGACCUGUUGCAGUUGAGGGCGGAGUUUUCCCGUUUCUCCUCCUCUCUCCUCUCCAGCUGUGUCUCUGUCUCCUCCUCCCUCAGGCUGAGUACUACUGCUGCACCUCCUCCUCCUCCUCUCUCCUCCACUUUGCUCCUCCCUCCUCCAAACUCCGCCUCCUCAGAGCAUCCUCUCGCCUCCUCCUCCUACUCCUCCACCCUUGGUACUUUCUGUGUGGACGACCUGGAGUCCAGGAGGGAGGUGCAGGAGGUGUCUCAGCUGAAGGAGCAGAUGGUGGAGCUCUCUCUCUCCCUGCAGGAGGAGCGCGGUCGGGGGGAAGAGAGGGAGAGAGAGGUCGAGAGACACAGAGAAGCAGAGAGAAAGCUGCGCUCUGUCCUCGGGGCUGUGAUCAGACUGUCCAGAGUCCUGAGCAGCUGUGGACACUCUGUGAGCGUGUCCUCAGACAGUGUCCUCAGUCUGGACCUGUCCUCCCUGCUGUCUAUCCUGUCUCAGUCAGAGAGUGUCCUCCAGAGGAGACACGAGGAACUGCAGGGGGCGGAGCUAUCAGUGCGACGCCUCAGUGAGGAGAAGGCGGGGCUACAGCUGCAGCUGAAGCAGCUGGAGGACGACAUGCAGCAGCUGCACACACACACACAACACACACAACAGGCUCUCACACACACUGUGGACACACUGAGCAGGGAGCGAGAGGCGGCGUCUUCACUGCGUCUGCAGGUGGACGAGGUGAAGAGAGAGAACGACAGGCUGAGGAGAGAGAGAGGGAGACAGGAGGACAGAGAGAGACAGCUGGAGACGGAGACACACAGACGAGUGGAGACAGAGCUGUUGGAGAACGUUCAGCUGACAGAGAGAGAUGUUCUGCAUCGUCUGGAGAUUCACUCUCUGAAGGUGGCGUUGGAGAGAGAGCAGCUGGACAGACAGAGAGCAGAAGAAGAAGCUGCAGACGCCAGAAACGCUCUGCAGAAGUCCAGAGAGUGUGUCCUGCGUCUUUCGUCGACUGAGUGUGCACUGAAGCGGGAGCUGGACGAGGGGCGGGACUCUCUGCACAAAAUGACCGCCCUGAACUCAGCGCUGGCGUCAGACAAGAGAGAAGUGAACAAACAGCUGCUGCAGCUGGAGUGUGAGCUCUCAAACAGCCAAUCACAGCUGCAGGCUCUGAGGUCAGAGGUCACCUCUCUACAGACUAAGGUCAAGACACUCGGUGCUGACUGUGACCAGCUCAGAGCUCAGAGGGAGGUGGAGGUGAGAGAAAGAGAGCGAGAGAUGGAGAGAGUGAUGGAGGAGAAGGAGAAAGAGUUGACCUCUGUGCUGGAGGAGAGAGAGAGUGCUGCACGACGGCAGGAGCAGCUGCUUUCACAGUGUGCAGCAGCUCGUGAGGAGCUGCAAGAGGUCAGGAGGCGGCAGCAGCAGGAGGAGGAGCAGAAGGAGAUCAUGAGGCUGCAGGAGGAGGAGGAGGAGAAGAAGAAGACCAGGAGGCAGGAGGUGGAGGAGGAGCAGAAGAACAGCUGGAGGCAGGAGGUGCAGCAGUUGGAGGAGGUGAGGAGGGGAGAGAGGCGGCAGCAAGAGGAGGAGGAGGAGGAGGAGGAGGAGCUACACCAGCUCAGGUCAGUGUCAGUGUCUCUCCAUCAUCAGCUGUCUCAGCAGCAGAGACAGUUGUCACAGACUGAGGUGGACAGAUGUCAGCUGACCACGCACAUACACACUCUGCAGCAGGCCAAGCUCACCUUACAGGGAGAGAUCGAGUGUCUGAAAGAAGAGGUGGAGCAAGUGACAACCAGGAAAGAAAGGAGUGAGGCGGAGAGGGAGGUGCUGAAAGAGAAGAUGGAGAGGUUGACAGCAGAGGUGGAGGAGCUGAGGACGACGAGGAGGGAGGAGGAGGAGGAGAGAGAAGCCUGGCAAAAAGAGAGGGAGGCUCUGAACGAGGAGCUGGGGAUGAGGGACGGGGAGGUGGAAGUCCUGAGGAGGCGCAAAGAAGGACUGACAGAGGAGAAGGAGGAGAGGCAGAGGGAGGUGCAGAGACUGAGGGUGGAGCUGACGGAGAAGGAGGUGCACAUGAUGGAGAGAUUCAAACAUUUGGUGGGAGAGAAGGAGAAACUGGAAGAGGAGGUGAAGAGGGCGGAGCUUGGGUUGAGAGAGGAGAAGGUGAAGAUGGAGGAAAGGAGGGAGGAGGAGAGGCAGAGGGACAGAGAGAUGGAGGCGCUCUGUGAUCGGAUGGAGAGAUUAGAAAAAGAGAAAGAGGAGGUGGAGAAGGAGUUCAACAGACUGACAAAUAAUAUAUCUCAACUCGAGGAGGAGAGGGAGGAGGUGGAGCGACUGAGGAGUGCAGCAAGGACGGCCGCAGAGGAGGUGGGGAGAUGGAGAGCCAGAGUGGAAGAGGUGGAGAGGGAGAAGGAGGAGCAGAGGAGACAGAAAGAGAGACUGCAGGAUGAAAAGCAGGAGGUUGUUGGACAAAUGGAGGCGAUGAAGAAGGAGAAGGUGCAGGAGGUGGAGCUCCUGAUGGUGAGGCUGAGCGUGGCACAGGAACAGUGUGAGGAGAUAAAGGAGGAGGUGCAGCAGAAGGAGUGCAGCCUGGAGCAUCAGAUGAGCGCUGUGAGGGAGAGGGAGCAGGAGGUACAGGAGCUGAAGGAGUGCCUGAGGCUGGUGGAGGAGCAGGAAGUUGAUGGAACAAGGGAGGUCCAGGAGGUGAGGGCGAAACUGAAGCAGACGGAGGAGAGGGAGGAGCAGCUAGAGGAGCUGCUGAGAGAAACCAGUGCUCUCCUGGAGAAAGAGAGGAGCGAGGGAGGAGACAAAGACGAGAACAUCUCUCUACUGACCAGGGAGCUGCAGGAGGCGCAGGCCGAGAGUGACGAGGUGAAGAGGAGAGCUCAGCAGAAUGAGGAGGACAACAACAGGCUGAAGGAGGAGGUGAAGGAGUGGCAGGAAAAUGUGGAGCUCAGCAAAAGAGAAGGGACCAAGCUCAGUCGUCUCCUGAAGGAGCGGGAGGAGGAGGUGCAACAGCUGAAAGACUUGUUAGAGAGAGAGGAGGAGAAGAGGCAGGAGGCAGAGGAGCUGAGGAGAAUGGAGGAGGACAGAAAGAAGAGGCUCGACGUCAAAGUGAUGGAGGUGAAGGAGCAAAAUGGAAGGCUGGAGGAGAAAGUGAGGGAGGUGCAGGAGGAGCUGGAGGAAGAGAGGGAGGUGCUUUGGAGGACAAAGGAGGAGAAGAGGAGACUUGAGAAUAAACUGAAAGUUCUGGAAGAGAAGAGAAAAAGAGAGGAGGAGGAACUUAGCGGAGUGAUGGAGGAGAAGAGUAGGAUGGAGAGUGAGCUGAGACAGAAGGUCAAAGAAAUGGAGGCACAGAAGGAGGUGCUGAGGAGCAAAGAGGAGGAGGAGAGGAAACUAGAAGAUGAACUAAGGAAGGCCAAGGAGGAGCGAGAAGAGUUAGUGAUUACCCAAAGGGAGCAGCACCUCCUGGGGGAGGAGAGAGGGAGGGCAAGGGAGAGAGAGCAGGAAGAGGAGAAGGUGGGUCUCCUCGUGGAGCUGAGAAGGAGACGGCAGGAGGGGAAAUCUCUGAGGGAGCAGCUACAGAGAGAGAGAGAUGAGGUACAGGAGGAGCAGAGGAAGAGCAGAGAUGAGGUAACAAAGGAAAACACAGCUAAGGAGGAGAUCCAGGAGAAGCUGAGGACAACUGAGAAGGAGGUGACCAAUCUUAAGCAGGAGAUCCAGAAGGCACAAAGCAGGAGGGAGGAGGUAAAGAUGGAGGUGUCUGCUCUGAGAGAGGAGGUACAGGAGGAACAAAGGGAGAAGAAGGAGGUGCAGGAGCAGCUGGAGAAGAUCAAGGAGAAGGUAACGGUCAUUACAGAGGAGGUGCACAAGGAACGAAGGGAGAAGGAGCAGAUGCAGGAGGAGCGUGGGAGGAGGGAGGAGAUACAGAUGGAGAUGAAGAUGGAGGUGUCUGCUCUCAGAGAGGAGGUGCACAAGGAACGAAGGGAGAAGAAGGAGGUUCAGGAGCAGCUGCUGAGGACCAAGGAGGAGGUCCUGGUUAUCACAGACAAGUAUCGAAGGGAGAAGGAGCUGUUGCAGGAGGAGCUAGUGAAGAUGAAGGUGGAGCUGAGGAGAGAGGAGCACAGUGAGAAGGUGAAGGAGGAGCAGCUGAACUUCCUGCAGAGUCAGGUGUUAAGACUGAGUGGGAGCAGAGAUGGAGCCCAGGUGCAGGAGAAGCAGCAGAUGAAGCAGGGACUGAGGGCUGCACUGGAGGAGAUGACCAACCUCAAAGUCCUCCUGCAGGAGAGCCACGCAGAGGGGGAGCGUCUGAGGAGCAUUCUGAUGGAGAAGAAGGAGGAGGUGGAGCGGGUCAGGGGGGAGAACCACAGGAGUAGCAGGGAGGAGGUGCUUCGGCAGAGAGGAGAGGUGGAGGAGCUGAGAGCAAGAGUGACUGUUCUGGAGAGGAGGAAACAGGAGGUGCUGGGGGAGCUGGAGGAGGCUCAGCAGAAGAAGGAGAAGGCAGAGCAGGAAAGAAGGGAGGCCGAGGAGCAAUGGAGGAGUAGAGUGGAGAAGAUGGAGGAGCAGGAUGUGAAGCUCAGAGCUCUGCUAGGAGAAAACCUGACACUGAAGGAGGAGCUGGAGGAGACACAGAUGGAAGUGAAGGAGAUCAGAGCCACGGCGGCCAUGUUGGAGGAGCAGAAAACACAGAUGUUCUCUGUGCAGGAGGAGAACGAGGAGCUGAGCAGGCAGGUGUACGCUCUCACUCAGAGGACAGAGGAACUGGAAGGCGACAGGAAUCGUGUUCGAUUGGCUCUGGAGAGAACUGAGGCCACCAUAGUCGGCUACGAGGGGAGAACCAACCAAUGGGAGCGGAGCACAGGGGCGGAGUCUAAUCCAGACCUGCAGCAUGUGUCAGACAGACUGACGUCUCUUCAUCAUCACGUUGCUGAACUGGAGCUGGAGAAAACACAACAGAGCAAGAAAAUCUCACAUCUGGAAAAUCAGAGAGAGAAACUGAAGAGAGAGAGGAAGACACUGAGAGACACACUGAGAGAGGUGGAGCAGCAGCGUGUGCAGCUGAGGCAGCAGAUGAUUGACAGCAGCAGAUCUCAGGUGUUGACAGACUCCACAGAAGAAGAACACCUGAGGAGGAGAGUGAUGGAGCUGGAGGACCAGGUCAGUCAGCUCCGCCUCUUAUUGGCCGCAGACCAGCAGCAGAGGGCGGAGUUUAUCGAGCAGUCGACCAGGAACAGCGAGUGGCUGCUCUCGCUCCGACACGAGCUCAGGGAUUCGCUGGCUGUCGUCACUCACGGUCCAAUCCCGUCAGUCCUGGAGUCGGAGGCGGAGCGAUUGGACCGCAGCCUGAGGGAGGAGGAGCUAAGGAUGACCCUCAGCCAAUACUCUGCUCUCUCCCUGUCUCUCUCGGUUGGUCGGUCUCUCUCUCUCUCCCUGUCUCUCUCUCAGUCGUGGCUUCAGUGGCAGCAGCACAGACUCAGCUCUACAGAAACUCUGUCAGAUGAAGCAGUGACAUGGACUCAGCUGGACCUGCAGGAUUGUUCUCAUAAACAACAACAGGAGACUUUGACUUCAAUGACGGCCGGUGACCCUGAGGACACAGGGACAUGUGAGCGGAGGACAGGUGGACAAAGAGGAGAAGGAGAAGACAACAUGAAGUGUCCUCUGUCUUUCACCACCAUCAGCACAAUUGCCAUCCAAGCCGGCCAAUCACAGCUGGUCGUCUCUGUCCUCCAGAGCGGCUCUCUUGUCCACCUUCAGCUGGUCCAGGUCCAGCCCGGUCUCUGUGAGGUGGGAUCAGACCAGGAGGAGAACCAGACCCUGAUCCAGGAGCUGCAGCAGCUGAAGGACAAACUGGAGAAACAUGAGAGGGAGGUGCUGGCGGUGGUGGAAAAUGGCCGACAGACGGAGCAGAGGAGGAGGAAGGAGGAGCAGCAGCAGGAGACGGAGGUGCACAAGGCCAUGGAAGCUUCUGUGAGUGAGGGAUGGUCUCUGCUCCUCCGUCUGCUCCACAGACGACAGGAAGUCCUCCUGCUGGCGUCAGACUUUUACUGCAGAGCCCUGGAGUUUGUGGUCAGCAUGGACAGGGCAGAGAAGCUUCACAUCAGCACAGACUCUCACAGACUCACCUGCGCCACCAUGAGGAGAGGUCUUCUGGAUAACUCCCUGACAGUUCUGAACAGCAGCAGCGUUCUGCUGCAGAAGCUGCGGCUGCUGCAGAGGGCAGAGGCCCUCCACAGGAGAGGGACGGUACUGCAGGACGACGACUGGGAAUGUGAACACCAGAGUUCCCAGGGCAGCUGGGGGCCGGUGCUAAAGCUGGAGGAGCUGCUGGAGACUCUGCAGGACCGGAGGAGGACGGUGGACCAGGCUCUCAGACUGAAGCUCCAACAGCUGGAGAACCAGGUCCGGAAGAAAGACCACAAGUCCAGACCUGAGGUCUGGACCCCCAUCCUGGACCAGAACCUGCCACCUGAGUCCACAUCUUUCAAAAGUGCUGACCUGCAGUCAGAUUCCAAAACAGAAAAACCUAGGGACCUUGAAUCUGGAUCCAGAGCAGAUGUGAGGCCUGGACCUAUUGUAGAGAAGACUACAGUGAAAAACCAUGUGAAGUCUGGAUCUAGAUCACAACAAACCAGAAUCCGGAAUCCAGAAUUCAGAACAGAGGAAAAUAAAGACCUGAAUCCUGAAUCCAGAACAGAUGUUCCGUCUGGAUUGAAGGCAGAGCUGCAGCCUAAGUCUGGAUCUAGACUAGAGAACUUCAGAAACCUGCAGUCCAGAUUCAGAUUAGACGUGAAUUCAGAUUCCAAAUUAUUGCAGACCUGUGAUGGUCAGUCUGAAUCCAUUUCAGGUCUAAGGCCUGGUUCCAGGUCCCAGGAGACCAGUUAUGUGCAGCCUGAGUCCUCAUCAGAUAUGAAAUCUAAAUCCAGAUCACAAGAGUCCAGAAACAUGCAGACAGAAUCCAGAUUGGACCAGAAACCUACAUCAUGGAAAGGCAAAGACCUGCAGUCUGAAUCCAGUUUAGAAGAGAGUCUGGAGCUCCAUUUAGGAUCCGAGUCAGACACAGACCCUGAAUCUAAGUCAGAUCUCGAUGAAACCAGUCCAUCUAGAUCCAUUUCAACUUUGAUGCCUGGUUCCAGACCACAUGACACCAGUUAUCUGCAGCCUGAGUCCACAUCAGAUAUGAAGUCUGAAUCCAGAUCAGGAGAGUCCACAAACAUGCAGACAGAAUCUAGAUUGGACCAGAAACCUACAUCACACCUGCAGUCUGAAUCCAGUUUACAGGAGAGUCUGGAGCUGCAUUUAGGAUAUGAGUCAGACACAGACCCUGAAUCUAAAUCAGAUAUGAAACCUGGAUCCUUCUCAAAAAAGUCCAUAGACCAGCAGCCUGGAUCCACAUCAGAGAGGAUCAGAAAGCUGCAAUCCAGAUUCAAAUUAAACCAGACCGCUGAAUCCACAACCAGUCCACCUAGAUCCAUUUCAGCUCUGAUGCCUGGUUCCAGACCACAUGAGACUAGCUACUUGCAGCCUGAGUCCACAUCAGAUAUGACAUCUGAAUCCAGAUCAGGAGAGUCCACAAACAUGCAUGCAGAAUCCAGAUUGGACCAGAUACCUACAUCAGAGAAAAACAAAGACCUGCAGUCUGAAUCCAGAUCACAAACCAAAGAGAUUCAUGUGCAGCCUGGAUCCAGAUCAGAGAGGAUCAGAAAGCUGCAAUCCAGAUUCAGAUUAAACCAGACAGCUGGUUUGAUGCCUGGUUUCAGACCACAUGAGACCAGUUACCCACAGCCUGAGUCCACAUCAGAUAUGAAGUCUGACUCUGGAACAGAGCAGUCCAGAAACAUGGAGCCAGAAACUAGAUUAGAACAGAUGACCAGACUGAGAACACAACAAACCACAGAUGUCGAGUCUGGGUCUAGACCACAGCAAACCAGAUGCCUAGAGUCAGGAUCCAGUUCUGAUCUGAUACCCAGAUCAAUAUCUGAGAAAAACAAAGACCAAGAGUCUGAAUCCAGUUCAGAGGAGAUUGUGGAGAUCCACUUUUGUGGUGAUCCACCUGAAUCCAGGUCAGAUACAAAGCCUGGAUCCGUAUCAGGAAAGAUCAGAAACCUGCUGUCUGGAUCCAGGUCAGACCUGCAGACUUCAGAGGAGUCCAGCCCCAGAUCUGAGGGGACUAUGGAGUUACAGUUCAAGUCCAAAUUAGCAGAGAGGAAAGACCUGGCGUCUGAAACUAAUCUCAAGCCGGAAUCUGGAUCAGACAGAACCACCAGAUUACAGGUGCAGAAGACGUUUGAUGAAGGAAACCACGUCCACAAUGUCCUCCCGGCCAAUCAGCAGCAGCUGUUGUCUUCCUGUGAACUCCUCAUGGACAAGGUGUGUAGCUGGGUGCAGCAGAGCAGGAGUGUGUUGUCAAACUGUUCAGACGCAGGACGACGUCUCUGUGAAGCAGAGGACGCUCUGAACACACACAUGAAGCUGUGCACACAGGCUGAGUCUGCUCAUCAUGACAUAGAGAGUCUGAAGCAGAUCCUGGAUCAGAUCGGAGCUCUGCCUACAGAUGUAUCCUGCAGAACUGGUCCCUGUCCUCACAGUGAAGUCAGUAGACCGCUGUCCGUCCUGAAGACCCUGACCCAGCAGCUCAAGAGAGGUGGAACAGCAGAACCUGCUGCUGCCUCCACCGGGUCACUAAGUCCUGAACUGGCUGCUCGAGUUGACGUGGUUCUGAAGGAGCUGCAGAGUCUGAACCUGAAGAUCAAGUCCAACCUGCAGCUGCUGCAGCCGUACGUCUCCUUCCUCAGGACAGUUCAGCAGGUGGAGGAGCAGAUGGAGGAACUGAGAGGGAGCUCCAGGAGGAGGUCAGGUGAAGAAGAGGAGAACAUCGAGUCUGCCAACAGUUCCUGGCCACCACUGAAGAAGGAGGAGGAGCAGGAGGAAAAAGAACAGGUUGACAUCUGCUGGCAGGACAUGCUACAGAAGCUCCUCACUACUCAGGAACUGGGAAAAAACUAUGUCCAAACCAUCGUCAUGGUGCUGGGAUCAGGCUUGGACCUGCAGUCUCUGGUGUCCGUGGUCCAGCAGACGAUCGAGAAGCUCAGCAGAACCGAACAGGAAGUGAAGGAGCUGUGGAGUCAGCAGAGAGUCCAGAUCCAUCAGCACCAGGAGGACAUGAAGUCUUACAGGAGGUUCCAGGACAGACUGCUCAAGGUAUCAGGUGUCGAGAGGAAAAAGAACCUGCAGGACUUGUCCUGUGUCUCUGAGCUGCUGGACUCAUGUACCUCAGUGGACCUGGAUUCAGACGUGCAGACCUCCAGGUUGUUGGAGCGCUUCAAACUGGCCAGACCUCAUUUUACUCAACUGGACACAGAGGUGGCUGACAUGAAGAAGAGCUGGAAGACUGUGAGAGGAGUCCAGCAACAUCUGCAGGUGAAGGAGGUGAAGGAGGAGGUGGAGGAUCUGUCCGAGCUGCUGAAGCUCCAUGAGAAGGUGAAGAGGAAGGUCGAGCAGAGUGAGUUGAUCCUGGAUCUGACGAGCAGCUUCCACCUCACUGUCCAACAGUUGGAGGCGCUGUUACAAUCUCAGCCUCCAGCUGAGCUGAGUGGAGUCAGAGAAGAACGACAGCCGAUCCAGAGUCUGUUUGAGAAGCUUUCAACGCUGAAGACGCACAUUUGUGCUGCUGCUGCUGCAGACACUGUGUCAGGUUUCAGUGUGGAGCAGCUGCAGCGCCGCCUUCUGUCUCUCGAGUCUCUCUGCGCGUCAUGGUUGAACAAAGCCGUUCGUCAUGAGGAGAUGCUCCGCCUUCUCAAUGAUGACAUCAUCCAGCUGCGUGACUCCUUUAAGGAGCUGAAGAAGAAGUUUAGCAACCUGAAGUUUAACUACCUGAAGAGGAACGACCGAGGCAGGAACCUGAAGGCCGUGAGGAACCAGCGGCAGCAGGUGGAGAUGUACGAGGACAAGCUGCAGGUUCUCAGGAAGCAACUGCAGGGUGUGAUAGCACGGCUGGGGUCAGAGGUCAAGGAGGGGGGCGUGGCCUGGGAGACGGAAGAUGCUGUGAAUCAGCUGGAGAGGCAGAUGGUGGAAUUUGAGCGAAGCAUGCGCGGACACCAGAAAACUCUGGACAUGAGCUGCAAACUGCAGGAAGCCAUGGAGGAGUAUCAGUUCUGGUGUGAGGACGCGAGCGCCACCAUCGCCCGCGUGGGCAAGUUUUCCUGCGAGUGUCGCAGCACGGACGCCGUGGCUGUUCUUCACCGACAGUUUGAGAAGUUUGUGUGGCCGACGGUUCCUCAGCAGGAGGAGAGGAUCGUGCAGAUCACAGAGCUCGCCGUCAGACUGCACGGGGUGGAGGAGGGGCGGAGGUUCACUGAGAAGACGGUCAGUAAACACUCAGAGAUGAUGGCGUCCAUUAAAGAGCUGAGUGAUGACCUGAUGCAGCUGGAGGUCAAACUGAAGCUGCAGAAAGAUGCAGAGAAAGAAGUGAAGGAGGAGACACAAGAGAAAGAAGUGAAGGAGGAGACACAAGAGAAAGAUGGAGAGAAAGAGAACAAGAUGAAGGAAAACAGAAAGAAGAAGAAGGAGGAGGAGGUUGAGAACAUCAGCUCACAGGAGGCUGUUGACAUGCAGGAACUGAAGGAGACAGGCCACACCCCCGAGCUGACCACCGAGCAUGAUGGGAGGGAGGUUCCAGUCAAGAGGGAGACUGCGGCCAAUAGGAAGCCUCCGUUCCAGAAGAGCCACAGUCGGGAGUUUGACAGAGAGACGCUUGUCUCAGAGAACAGACAACACUCGGAGAGGUUCACCUCCUCCUACAGCUCCUCCCAAACCCGCAGCUUCUCCUGCUCCCCGGUGGAGACCAACCAACUGGUCAGUUCUGACGUUCAGAGACAGAAUCAGGGCAAAGAAACAGGAACACAGGUUGCACCAGGAGGGGACCUGUUGGAGGCGGAGCUCCUGCUCCAGGAAGUAAUGUCAGAGGAUUUGUUUUUCACUGAUGAGUACGAGUGUCCGUCACCUGACGACAUUUCCCUCCCGCCGCUGGCAGAGACACCGGAGUCUGGGAUGGUCCAGUCAGACACUGAGGAGGGCUUUUGUUUCCAAAGCAACCAACAGAACCACGUCCAGUCAGGGCAGAGCGGGUCUGGUUCUGCUGCUGGUGCUGUCCAACAACACAGAGAGUCCUGCUUGACAGAGGGUUGUCCAACUCCACCUGUCACUCUUCACUGUAACACGAGGUUCAGAUCAGAGUCCAUUUCUUUUGUCCAGAGUCCACUGACAGUUCCUGCUCCAAGUUUCCUUAGCAGCAGCCUGAGGACGGAAGAGACCACAGUCAAUAAAUUCUCGGACACUGCUGACCAAUCCCUCACCACCGCUGAACCAGACCCAGGUCACAAGGAUAAUGCUACAGAUAGCAGUUCCAACAAAGACAACGUUUUCCCUGAAACAGAGCCUCAGGUGAUUCCAGGUAACCAGGGUAAAAACACCAUAAAGGUCUUGAUCAAAAAUGAGACCCUGCCACAGGCUGAUUCUGUUCCCCAUCCUGCAGCACUCAGUCAGAUCCACAUACCUCCCAAGUCCACUUAUGGUCAAGUCCAAACCUUAAAUGAUGUCCAAGUGGACAAGGCCCCAUCACAAAGUCAUAGGUUCCUCAAAUGUGGCACAAACUCGACUGAAACUGCGACUUUUUGUCAAGACAAAAGAUUAACACAGAUCUUCCCAGGCACCAAACUUCACAGUCCAGUUACCCAACAGACCUUUAAGGUUCAGACCUCCCCAUCAGACACUUUCAGCAGCAGCCAUGUUUCACACCUCAAAAGACCUUUAUCACAGAGUAAGACCUUUUUAAAGACUGAUCAAAUUCCCCAGACCAGAGGAUUUGCUCCCAGCCUCACAGAUUCUGCUUCCCACAAAGUUGGCAGUCUUCUGCAAGAUUCUGGGCUCCUCGAGUCCUUGAAAACCAGCACGAUCCUUACUCAAGACAGUCAGUCCUACACUGAUUGUAGGAGUGGCCUUGAUCAGAGAGAACCUUCUUCAUGGACCAGCAACGAAACACCCACAGUGGACCUGCCCCAAAGCACCACCACAACGCCCUCUGUGGUUUACUGCCGGUGCUCUCCUUCAGAGAACAUACCACAGAGUUGCACGUCUUCCAGGUCAAAGCAAGACAGCUCCAGCUCCUGUGGUAGCAAUGUCCAGGCCUCCCACCCUACAGAUCCAAGUAGCAUCAGAAGUACCCGCAGCCAACAAAUCCACCCGACACUUCACUCCCAUCAUGAGCCUGUGACCUCCACCUGUACCCAGCAGUGUGUGCAUGACCCUGGCAUGACUCCCAGCAGUCCUGCCAAGCCCACAGCACACACCAAAGCUUUAGCUCAGCAGGCUAUCCCGCAUGUCACAACCCCUUCAUCUCCAUCUCAUCUACUAACUUCAGACCCAGACAUUUGUUUGCCCCUGUCCAUCCGAGAGGAGAUCAGACUGACUCCUCAGAUCCAAGGGCCUCCCCUUCCUGCUCCUCCUCUUCCCCAGGGAAAGGCCUCUAAAGCUGGCCCCUCUUGCUUCACCAGGCCCCUGUCUCGAGCCACCGUCAUGGAGGGCUCUCCAGUGACGCUAGAGGUGGAGGUGACAAGACACCCAGAGCCCACGCUCACCUGGUGUAAAGAUGGAGGCGUGGCCGUCACCAGCUCGGGCGGAGCUCUGGUCUGUGAGGACGGGAAACACUUCCUGUUUCUCGCAGAGGCGUCACACUCAGAGGGCGGGGCCAGCGAGAAGCGGGCGGCUGCUCACGGCGACUCGUCCGGUGACAGGUGGCUGUUGUCGGAAGUGUUUGACGUCAUGAGCAAGGACUGGCUGACGUGGUUCGGUUCACUGUGCGUCCUCCUGUGGCUCCUGGUCCUCGUCCUUCUCUAGUGUCUAACCUUCACUACAAGAACCUGAACCAGUCCAAAACCUGGACCUGAACCAGUCCAACACUACAUUCACACUGAGAGCAAAGAACUUUUAAUUUGAAUAUGAAGUGUUUUUUACACAAUAAAUUUAACUCUGCCUCCUUAAAAAGACUAAAAUUUAAUAGAAAAAGUAAUUUAAGUAUUUUUUACAUUCAUUUGCUAAAAAUAUUUAAACUUCUCGCUGGAGCAAUGAUCACGUCAAGGACGAUCACGCGUAAAUUAGUAAUAAAUCGGGACUGGAAAUGUCGUCACACUGAAGUUUAUUACGUAAAUUUUUUUCAAACUUUACGUUAAGUCACGUUAUCCGUUAUCGGUUCAUGGUCGUGUUAUAGCUAGGUCAUGUCCACAGACACCAGUAGGGGGCAGUACUGAGGAAUUGGAAUUACAACUCCAGGGGGCGCUACGUCAAAAAAACGUUUUCAAAAGUUAUCAGGUCAUCUUAUGCCCCGCCCCCUUGACGUCUUUGUACUUUGUGAUGCAACAUCGCAACAUUUGGACAAUACUCAGCGAUAAUUGACGUACAAAACAUUGCAAAGUUUCAGCGAUAACUGACGUACAAAACAUCGCAAAGUUUCAGCGAUAACUGACGUACAAAACAUUGCAAAGUUUCAGCGAUAACUGACGUACAAAACAUUGCAAAGUUUCAGCGAUAAUUGACGUACAAAACAUCGCAGUUUCAGCGAUAACUGACGUACAAAACAUUGCAAAGUUUCAGCGAUAAUUGACGUACAAAACAUCGCAAAGAUUCAGCGAUAACUGACGUACAAAACAUCGCAAAGUUUCAGCGAUAACUGACGUACAAAACAUUGCAAAGUUUCAGCGAUAAUUGACGUACAAAACAUCGCAAAGAUUCAGCGAUAACUGAUGUACAAAACAUCGCAAAGUUUCAGCGAUAACUGAUGUACAAAACAUCGCAAAGUUUCAGCGAUAACUGACGUACAAAACAUCGCAACAAAUAUUUUAACAGAAAAAAGUGAAGUUUGUGGGUCGUUCGAUUCUUGUAGUGGAAACACACACAAUCACACACCGACACACACACACUCACACAGACAUACACAAAGCAUCACUAUAUAUAAGUGUGAGAUAAGUGUGAAUUUAAAUAAAAUUAUAUAUGUAUUCACACUAUAUAGUGUUUACAUAUAUAACUUUAUUCCUGGUUGUUGAAUAAUGUGAAUAAAAAGUUUAAAG